AUGGUAACCGAACAUGUUAUUUUUAAAGGCCAAACUAAUAAUUCUUUACCAAAUUAUACUCAACUAGGUGAUAUUAUAUGCUUGAACUGCUACAACGGAAUAAUAAUAGGAAGUGUAACAUUUCAGAAACAUGCGUUAAAUCAGUCUCAUUAUCACGAGACAGAAACUUCCACAGAAACUUUUACAGAAACUUUUGAUACUAAUUUAACUUUUUCCCAAGCAAAAGAAUUGCCACCAAUUUGGAUAUUCGAAGAAUUUCGUGCGAUUAUGGAAUUAGAAGACGAAUGGCUAAAGUCUUUCUUCAAUGAAUUAUAUUCAUCAACGAACCCAUUGAGAAAAAGCAAAAAUACAAUGGAAAAGGUAUCGAAACAAUUAGUAUUUUUAUGUUAUUUUAUUUGUGGUAUUAGAAAUAAGUUCGUUAACAAUGCAAAAAGAGAUCUAGGAAUGUAUUUAGAUUCUACUGGAACACCCAAUUCAACGAUAGACACCUUAGCGACAUUAGGCAUGUCAGUAACAUCUCGUUCAAUUGCUUACCAUAAGGAUGCUAUAUCUAAAAAGCAUAUGACAACUGUGGAAUCAAAUCUUGCAGAUAGUACUAAUAAUGUACUAGUUUUAAAUAUCGACGAUUACCACAGUAUCCACUCUAAAAGAAUGCCUAACACAACCACGACGUCGACUGCCGAACAUUUCGCCACUAUUUUACUUAGUCCAAUCAAGAAUCAACCGGCGAUACCAAGACUAGAUAUUCAUAAUCUCGCAUUCCGCUUUGUGGAUGAUGAAACAAAGCUUGAAGAGCUAACGGUCCAUAGCUAUGAUGUUCGUUUAAAAGAAAAAAGGAGCACAAGAUCAUUGAAGGAUGCUGUACUUGUGAAUCUCUUGGAGAAUAAUCUUCAUUCGAUAGAAGCUUAUAUUAAGGCUAUUAAUGUUGCUACUUCUGUUCCAGUAAUAAAUAGAUAUAUCGAAGAUGGCAACGUAAUUCCAGUCAUUGCCGAUUGGUCUGUCUACCAAUAUUCUUCUCGGAAUAUCGAAACUUUGAAACGGAAAACUGCAUGCUUUCUUCUGGAUUGUUUUUCCGAUAUUUAUACUUGUAUUAAACGUAAGAAUAUUCCAUUUUUAAUUCCACCACAGGUUGCUAUGAAAAAGCCGUCGAAAAAGCGUAUGGAAGAAGAAAGUGCCAGUAUUCCUAUUCCAGCAAUGAAGAUUAAAGAAGCGUGGCUUUGUCAUCUGCCUUUAGGAUAUAGUUCUUCGCAUAAGCCUAGUUUGUCUGGUUGCGAUUCUUCCAAUUGUUUUAUUACUAACAAUAUUCUUAUUGAAGAAACAGGACGGGUAUUGCCAUGUGGCCACGCGUAUCAUGAUACAUGUUUUAGCCAGGAUGGAUCCAAGUGCUUGCACUGUUUAGAUUAUAUUAAUAAUGGUGUUGACAAUCAUGUUAAUUCGCUUUUAGAAAGCCUAUGUCAGCUUAAUUCGAAUACUAAAGUCAAAAGCAAAGAUCGUGAUUCUAUUCCCGAAGAUAAUGACAAUACUAAGGAAUCUGCAGAUAAUAUUUCAGCUCCCUGGGACAAUACAAUAUGGCGAUUCCUUUUACUAUAG